AUGUCUUAUACGGAUGAGGUUAGUCUGAGAGACAGGCAGAUUGCCCUGAUCGUCAAGAUGCUGAUGUUCAAUCAGGACACGUCAACAGACGACCUGACAUCAGGUUUAGAUUGUCAGGAAGUAGUAUGGAAAGCCCUUGUAAUGGACUCCAAAGGAACGGCCAUUGUCUCGUCAGUUUUACGAGUCAACGAUCUUCUAAAAGCAGGCGUCACUGUUCACAGUCUCAUUCAACAAAAAAGAUCACCCUUGCCAGACGUUCCAGUCGUAUAUUUUGUACAGCCUACUCAAGAAAACGUUGAUGCUAUUGUACAGGAUUUGAUCGAGGACAAAUACGCCGAAUUUUACAUCAAUUUCACUUCGGUUCUAAAUCGAGAGCUCCUCGAGAAUCUCGCUAAACAGGUGUCUGCCACCGGUAAAACAGACCGUAUCAAGCAAGUAUUCGAUCAAUAUGCAGAGUUUGUCGUCACAGAGCCCGAUCUUUUCUCACUGGAACUGCCUUUGGUCUUCCGUCAAUUGAACAACCCAGAGAGUACUGAGAACUCCAUCAAUGAACUAUGCGAAGCCAUUGCCAACGGCUUGUACGACGCCGUUAUGACUGUCAAUUCUAUUCCAAUCAUUCGUGCCCCAAAGGGCGGUUCUGCAGAGGUCGUAGCCCGUCUGCUAGAAAGCAAAUUGAGAGACUACGUCAUAAACACCAGAUCGAACACAGAUUCCGUCCCACAUUCGCUAGAGAGAUUUGUGCUGGUUAUUCUCGACAGGAACAUUGACCUAGCCUCAAUGUUUGCGCAUUCUUGGAUAUAUCAAAGUCUGGUCUUUGACGUGUUUAAGCUCGCAAGAAACACCAUCACUAUCCCUACAAAAACGAAAGAGGGUCAAGAGACGGAAAAAAAAAUGGAUAUAGACCCAAAAGAUUUUUUUUGGUCGGCGAAUUCCCACCUACCCUUCCCAGAUGCGGUCGAAAACGUCGAAGCUGCGCUGGCUACGUAUAAAACCGAAGCGGAAGAAAUCACUAGGAAGACGGGAGUAAACGAACUCAGCGACUUGGAUCCUAACGCCAACAAUGACACCCUCAAUAUUCAGGAGGCUGUCAACAAACUUCCUGAGUUAACUUCGAGAAAGAUAAUCAUUGACACUCAUAUGAGCGUAUUGGCGUCUUUGCUAUCUCAGUUGGAGAGUAAAGGGCUAGAUGCUUUUUUCGAGAUUGAACAAGGGCAGGACUCUCCUAAAACAAGACAACGCUUUCUGGAGACUUUAAAGGACGGAAAGACGAAUAAUCUUGAGGAUAAGCUCAGAACGUUCAUCAUUCUAUACUUGACCUCUGCCACCGAUCUACCACAGACUUUCAUCAAGGAAGUGGAAAGCUAUUUCGAAAGUCAAGACUAUGAUAUCCGAUCAUUGACAUAUGUUUAUAAGUCAAAGGGAUUGAUGAAACUAUCGGCAAUGUCCUUACAGAAUAAAUCUUUGGAGAGCAGCGGAUUUGACGGUAAAAAUCAGAGCUCAAGUACAAAUUCUUCAGUUUUACUAUCUGGUCUAUCAAACAAGCUGUAUGGCUUGACAGAAGGUAAGAUUCAAGGUGGAGUGGGCUCUUUGAUCUCUGGUAUCAAAAACUUCCUGCCAGAAAAGAAGACGAUACCAAUAACAAAUGUCGUAGAAGCUGUUAUGGAUCCACUGAACAGUUCCCAGAAAAACUUGGAGACCACGGAUAACUACCUCUACUUUGAUCCUAAAUUGGUCCGAGGCUCUCACAACAAGAAACCCAAACGGCAAUCAUAUACAAAGUCAAUUGUCUUCGUUGUAGGUGGAGGCAAUUAUCUGGAAUACCAAAACUUACAAGAGUGGGCGCAUUCUCAGCCGGCAAACACUAAAAACGUCAUGUAUGGUAGUACUGCCAUCUUGACACCCGCAAGUUUCCUGGACGAAAUAGCUUCCCUGAAAUGA